UAUGUAAAGGAUUUUCCACCACAGCAAUGUAUGCAAAAAGAUGGUGGAGUACGGCAAAAACCAACAUACGACCAAUCAAGUCAUUAGCCAAUCUCUUUUGUUACGGGGUUGAUAAAAACUUGAGAAGUGUGCAGACGUCGUCUUCCUUCCCUGCUUUGGAAGGAGUAGGACAACCAACUCCUGAAACUCAUCCUCACUUGCUUGCACCAGGAGAAAUUAUUCCCGGAAUAACAGCAACAGAAUUGAAGAAACGGAGACAAGAUCUUUUAAAGUCGUUACCUAAUAACUCUAUGGCUUUAUUUCCAGCAGCUUCAGAGAAAUUCAUGUCUGUCGAUGUUCCCUAUCCUUAUAGGCAGAGUUCCGAUUUGUUUUACCUUUCUGGUUUGACUCAACCAAACGUUGUUUUGCUACUAGACAAAACUCAGAUAUCGAGUAAUCAUAAUCGUUAUGAAGAAGCCGAAUAUUUAUUUGUUCCUCGUCGAGACCCUUUCAAAGAAACUUGGGACGGUGCUUCUUGUGGAGUGGAACAAGCUCAGCGUUUCUUUGGAAUAGCACAAGCCGAUAUCUUGGAUAACUUUUCUAAAUUUUUAUCCAAUCGAUUGAAACAGUCACCUCAAGUAUAUUUUGAUCUUUCAGUCAAUCCUUCUGUCAAUUUUUUGCUCCGUGAUUUGGCCGAGUCAGAUAUCAAAGCAUUGCUCUCCAAUCGAAAACAUACUUGUGUUGAAUUAGCGUUGCAACGUUUGAUCAAGUCACCUAGUGAACAACAUUUAAUGCUUCAGUCAGCCAGAAUACUUGCCGAUUCCAUGACAGAGUGUAUGCGUAUGAGUUAUGCAGGAACACAUGAGUCAUUUCUUGCUGCACGGAUUGAAUAUGAAUGUAAGAAAAGGGGAGCAGAGCGAAUGUCUUUUCCUCCAGUAGUUGCUUCUGGUUCUCAUUCCAAUACGUUACAUUAUCUUCAGAAUAGUGAUAUUGCCAAUGAUGGAGACCUCGUGUUGAUGGAUGCCGGAUGUGAGUUGCAUGGAUAUUGUAGUGAUGUUACUAGAACGUGGCCUGUAAAUGGUCAGUUUUCAAAGCCUCAACGAGAAGUCUACGAACUUGUACUUGAUGUACAUAAUCAAUGUAUAGAUAUGGUAAAGAACAGCCAUCAACGUGUGACUAGUUUGGAAGCCAUUCAUAUAUUAGCUUCCCGAUGGAUAUACGAAGGACUAGAGAAACUUGGUAUUAUAAGAAAGACGGAUGUUUCAAGUAAUGAUAUUUUGGGUACUUUCUUUCCACAUGCAAUUGGUCACUAUUUAGGCUUAGAUGUUCAUGACACUCAUAUAUUGGAGAAGAAUUUGACAUUGAAGCCUGGUAUGGUUAUUACUAUAGAACCAGGUAUAUAUAUUCCUAGAAAUGAUCCAUCGAUACCGGAAGCUUUUAGAGGUAUAGGUAUUAGAAUAGAAGAUGAUAUUUUGGUGAAGGAAGAUGGAGCGAUGGUCUUAUCAGAAAAUGUCCCAAAGCAAGCUACUGAAAUAGAGUUGCUUAUGAAAGAACGUUCCUAAAAUGGGAAGAGUUUGAGAAUGGAACACCUGAAGAGUGCCUUGGUUUAUUCGAGGACUUUGUAUCAACAAGGAGAUAUACAAAAGGCUAUCUUAGUACUUGAAAGUGCUUUGUCAAAGUGGAAACUUGACAAACAACUCAAUAAAAGAAACUCCAUAUGG